UACGCGGGCUGCUUCAGCGACACGCGCGACAUGCGCUCUCUGACAGGCAAGGUGACGUACGACGACUCGCUGACGGUGGCGCGGUGCGCGGCCGAGUGCGCGGGCUACGCGCUGUUCGGGCUCGAGUACGGGACGCAGUGCUACUGCGGGACGGGGCUGGUGCAGGGCGCGCAGCGGCGGCCGGAGCACGAGUGCGCACAGCGGUGCGGCGGCGACUACGGCGCCGUGUGCGGCGACGCUGACCGCCUGAGCGUGUACCACCUGUCGUCCGGCUCGUCGUCAUCGCCAUCGCCAUCGCCAUCGCCAUCGCCAUCGCCGCCGUCGCACCCGGAAGCCUACGUCAACGGCAACCGCGACCGCGUCGCCGGGUACCGGUUCAAGGGGUGCUGGACCGACAGCACAACAGUGCGAUCGCUGGGCGGCAACUACGGGCCCGUGCUGCGCGAUGAUGCGAUGACGGCGGAGCUGUGCGCCGAGUUUUGCCGCGGCUACCGCUACAUGGGCCUCGAGUUCGGCAGCCAGUGCUUCUGUGGAAAUCACCUGUCUGCCGGCCACGCCGUGCCCCGCGCCGAGUGCGCCGAGCUGUGCUACGGCGACAAGCGCCAGUGGUGCGGCGGCCCGGACCGGUUGAGUUUGUAUGAG